AUGUCAUCCUCAUUUACAUUUUAUUUCCGGGAUGCAUUUAAGAGGCGUCCACUAUUCCUCUAUUUCAGAGGCUCAGUGUUUCCUAGAGUGCUUGUCCCCGUCGUAAUUUUUGCAGUAUAUUCAGCAGUGUUCGUAUUCUUUGCAAGCCUGGGGCUAGCACCACUGUUGCAUGUAUCACUAGUGCCAAUAUUAACUAUUGUAACUGGAUUGUUGGUGAGUCUUAGGGCUAACAGUAGCUAUGACAGAUGGUGGGAAGGUCGUAAGCUAUGGAGCUCGCUCACUGCCAACAUCCGAAGUUUUUCCCGAGUACUUUGGUAUAGUAUUGAGCGUGAAGCCGAUGGAGAUGAUGUCGACGACGUUACCGAUGUAAUGAAUCUUCUUGUGGCUUUUGCUUUUGCCAUCAAGCAUCAUCUUCGUGGAGAGGAUGGGUAUCAAUAUUCUGAUCUCACCGACCGCUUACCGCGGGGGUAUCUUGCGGUGAUUGAGAACCGACGGAAUAAAAGAGUUGACAAGGAAAGGAGAGGAAGACGCGACACGAAUAGAUUUGAUAAUUUGCCAUUGGAAAUUCUCACUCUCUUGUUCAAUUACUCUAGCAUGUUUAAACAACACGGCAAACUGGAUCCUGGCAUAUUUAAUCAUUUGAGCGCAUUAACUCAUUCUAUGACUGAACAAUUAUCAUCGUUCGAGAGAAUUCUGACCGCUCCAAUCCCAUUCGCGUUUAUGAUACAUUUGAGGCAAAUGAUCGUAUUGUACUGUGUCUCUUUACCGCCUCAAUUGUAUACCCAGACCGGUUGGUAUUGCAUUCCUAUAACCGCAAUCGCUGCAUUUACGUUCUUUGGUGUUGAUGCAAUUGGGAAAGAGAUUGAGAAUCCGUUUGGAUACGAUGCAAAUGAUCUUCCCGUUGAUAAAUUUUGUAACGAUUUAUUGAGCGAACUUGGUGUCUUUGAAUCAAAGGAAUUGAACCCGCAAGAAUGGAAGAAAAAGAAUUCAUGA